AUGGGGUACAUUUAUGAAGCCAUGGAUAAGGCAAAGGAGCAGAUUGCAUACUCAUUCAACAAUAAAUUUAACGAAUACAAAGCUUUCUUCAAAAUCAUUGAUGACAGGUGGAAUUGUCAACUUCACCAAGAUUUGCAUGCGACUGGUCACUAUCUGAAUCUAAGUAUUUUUUACAACAACCCAGGAGUGAAAGAAGAUAGUGAGGUGAUUAAGGGCUUGAUGGUAUGCAUACAUAAGAUGUCAUCAGAAGAAGACGAGACCAAGAUUCGCCAAGAGCUCUCUAUAUAUACCGGUGCAGAAGAGUUAUUUGCGCAACAUAUGGUUGUUAAAUUAAGAACAACACUUGCACCAACGAAAUGGUGGAUGCAAUAUGGAUCAUCAACACCAACACUUAAGAAGUUUGCUGUGAAGGUGUUGAGUCUUACUUAUCCAUUCGAAAAAAGAAACCGUCUUGAACGAAAAAAACUAAAUGAUUUAGUUUACAUCAAAUAUAAUCGAGCAUUAAGGAGGAAGUAUGAUAUGCGGGAUAUGAUCAACCCGAUAAUCUUGGAAGACUCGCACAUACAUGACCCGUUUGAGUGGUUGGUGAGUGAUGAUGAUGGUCUCGUGUUUGAGGGUGAUGACUUGAGAUGGGAUGUUGUGGCAGAGGCUAUAGGGGUGGAUGAGUCGGUUCAUCUAACUAGAAGAACAACAACACCAGGUGGGAGGCAAGGGGUGAUGUAA